GAAGAAGAGGAGCGGACUGAGGAGCUGUCUGUUCCAGCAUCAUCAGUCUCCAUCACUUCACCGCAGACACUAACGAAACUGGACCCUGGUGUUACACUCCGUCUUAAACUCACCAUCCGACAUCAGUAUGUCUGACAAGAGCGAGCUGAAGGCUGAACUAGAGAGAAAGAAACAACGGAUUGCCCAGAUUCGAGAGGAAAAGAAGAGAAAAGAGGAAGAGAAGAAAAAGAAGGAUGGAGAUUCAAAGCGUGGGGUUGAUAUGGGCGGUGGGUCUUCAGGCGGCCACGAAGACUCUGACCUGGAGAGGAAGAGGAGGGAGGCAGAGGCUCUUCUGCAGAGUGUCGGCAUCACCCCUGACAUACCCCACGCUCAGCCCCUGAGGGUAGUAACAGAGGAUACAUGUCUGUUUCACUACCUAGUCCCCGCCCCCAUGUCUCCCUCCAACAAAUCAGUGGGCAGUGAUGCAGGAAGUCAAGACUCUGGGGAUGGAAACGCAGGACCAAGGACAUUGCAUUGGGAUCCUGACCCCUCUACUCUGCAACUGCACUCCGACUCUGAGCUCAUGGGACGUGGAGCUGUGAGGCUGGGUAUGUCCAAACUCACCCAGGUGGACUUUGUCCCAAGAGAGAUGGUGUCCUACUCCAAAGAAACACAGACGCCCACAGAGGCAAUGACACAAGCUGAUCAGAAAGAAGAGGAUGAGGAUGAGGAGAUAACUGCUCCCCCACCAGCAGAUGAUACUCAGGAGGAGAAAGACGACCAGGGCGAACAGCAGGAGGAGGACACUCCUAAGGAGUUGACUGAGGAGGAGAAGCUGCAGGUCUUGCACUCUGAGGAGUUCCUGUCAUUCUUUGAACGAGGUAGUAGGAUUGUGGAGCGAGUUCUGGCCGAGCAGGUGGAUGUCUGCUUCGACUACAGCGGCAGAGACUUAGAAGAUAAGGAGGGUGAUCUACAGGCAGGUGCAAAACUAGUUGUGAACAGACAGUUUGCAGAUGAACGCUGGACUAAAAACAGAGUGGUCACCUGCCUUGACUGGUCCCCACAGUAUCCAGAGCUGCUGGUGGCCUCAUAUAAUAACAAUGAGGAUGCGCCUCAUGAGCCUGAUGGAGUGGCUCUGGUGUGGAACAUGAAGUACAAGAAGGGAACACCUGAGUACAUCUUCCACUGCCAGUCAGAGGUGAUGUCAGCCGGGUUUGCAAAGUUUCACCCCAACCUGGUGGUGGGUGGGACAUAUUCUGGUCAGAUUGUCUUAUGGGACAACAGGAGCAACAAGCGCACCCCUGUCCAGAGAACCCCACUGUCUGCAGCUGCACACACACACCCAGUCUACUGUGUGAAUGUGGUCGGCACCCAGAACGCUAACAACUUAAUCAGUAUCUCCACUGAUGGAAAGAUGUGCUCCUGGAGUCUUGACAUGCUCUCCCAGCCCCAGGACAGUCUGGAGCUGGUGUUCAAACAGAGCAAGGCAGUGGCCGUCACAUCCAUGGCGUUUCCUCUGGCGGAUGUUAACAACUUUGUAGUGGGAAGUGAGGACGGUUCUGUCUACACCGCCUGUCGCCAUGGGAGUAAGGCUGGCAUCACUGAGGUGUUCGAGGGCCACCACGGUCCGGUCACAGGGCUGAGCUGUCACAGCGCUGGAGGGCCUGUCGACUUCUCUCAUCUGUUCAUCUCCUCCUCAUUCGACUGGACCGUCAAACUGUGGAGCACCAAGAGUACCCGCCCACUGUACUCAUUCGAGGACUGUUGUGACUACGUCUACGAUGCCAUGUGGUCUCCAACACACCCUGCUCUGUUCGCUUGUGUGGAUUUGUCGGGACGCCUGGACCUGUGGAACCUCAAUAAUGAUACCGAAGUCCCCACUGCUAGUGUGAGUGUGGAAGGGUCUCCUGCUCUGAACCGUGUCAGGUGGUCUCACUCAGGCAAAGAGAUAGCAACUGGGGACUCCGAGGGUCAGGUGCGGGUCUACGAUGUCGGCGAGCAAAUUUGUGUUCCCAAGGCAGACGAAUGGACGCGCUUUGUUCGGACUCUGGCUGAAAUCAACGAGAACCGAGAUGAGGCUGAGGAGCUAGCCAACGCUUAAAGUUAUCAACCUGACACUGACAGCUCAUUCCAGUACACUACACACACUCACAGCUAGCAAAGCAACGCAACACUACACAACACUACAUAACAACAAUAGCGCCAGAGCAGCCACUCGUUGCUCUCUGGCUUCCAGCCUCCCUUUUUCCACUUUGAGAAAACAUGAAUCGGCCUGAGGAGACGAGCAGAGCUAGAACGGUUAGAGGACAGUCUUUAGAGAUGUUUUUUUUUAAAAAAGUGUUUUAGGGGUUUAGAUUGUGAAAACAGUGAAUGUCACAUGUGUAUCAGAAGAGAAACGGUGAUUAGUCUAAGUGGCUGAACAGAGGAAAGAAGAAACUAGAAGGUCAUUUUAGAUGCGACAACGCCCUCAGGGUCCACACUGCUCUUCUCCUAAGGCCUCUCCAAACUCAGCCCUUUUUUAAAUAUGCAAACCUUUGUACUUGCACCUUUUUAUCAUAUUAUUUGAGUGUUUUUACAUGUUUUACUAUUUUCCAGACACGCUUGUGCACAUGCUGCCAGUGUUUCAGCAGUGUGGUGAAAUGACAUGCUGACAUAUCACUAUCAGCUCCCCUUAAUCUUUGAGCAGCACUUACAUUUCAUAACUAAACGGCAAAUGUGCAGAAGUGUGUCAUUCUUACAUUUUAACCACUACAAUAUUUAAUAUUUAUUCUGGUGGUUGCCACUAUUUAAGUAUUUUGUGUUUUGUUUCAAAAUGCUGCUUUGUACUAAAAGCUUGAGUAGUACAUUCCUGUAAUCAGCACAAGCUUUUUACCAGGCAAAAAUCUGUAACUUUUCUUGCCUUGAAUUUACUGAGACUAGUACAUUUAGAAGUGUUUUUUUUUUCUUGUACCAAAGGUUAUUGUUUUAUACUGUUUAGAAGUAGAAAACAGUUUCCUGACUUGUCCUCUUUUAAGAGGAUCGAAAAUAAAUGUUUGAGAUUAAGCUGUAAAGCAGCACUUGAAAAAUUUUACACUGAAAUUGAUAUGAUUUCUUUCAUUCCAUCCAUGAAGCAGCACCCCAACCUCACCAGGCUGGAAAAAAAUGAUUCAGCUUCUCUUUAUCUCUAUGAAAAUGAGCUAAAAGUUCACUGUAGCAACCACAUUGGAUUAACGAUGGCUGAAGUAUUCUGAAACAACUACCUGUACUGUAUUCUUCUGUUACUGUUCUGACAGUCAAUGGUUGCACUUUUUCAUUGGAAUAAAACUCAAAGUCAUUUGUAAAAUUAAAACCAUAUGGAUGAUUUAUUCAAUAAAAUACAAUGACAGAACUGA